CCAAGGCGUGUGCGGCUGACUAGGGCGCCCCGGGGGCUCCGUGGGAGCGCGCCCGUCGCGCGGCUCCGGGAAUCAGUGGGGCCGGGCGCUGAGCGGAUGGCCCUGCUCCCGCGGCCGGUGAUCGCUCUCCUCCUCCUCGUCCUGACCGGCGAGCUCAGGUGCCAGGAGCAGGACCAGCCUACCGACUGGAGGGCCACCCUGAAGACCAUCCGGAAUGGCGUUCACAAGAUCGACACGUACCUGAACGCCGCCUUGGACCUCCUGGGAGGCGAGGACGGGCUCUGCCAGUAUAAGUGCAGUGACGGAUCUAAACCUUUCCCACGUUAUGGUUAUAAGCCCUCCCCGCCGAAUGGAUGUGGCUCUCCACUAUUUGGUGUUCAUGUAAAUAUGAUUUUUUUAUUUGAUAAGUUAUUUGAUUGUGUAUUAUGUGUGAAGAAAGCGAUGCUUUGCAGCUGCCCCACAGUAAUGGCACUUUCUUACUUUGCAGCAUGUGAAACAACAGUGGAGCUCCUGUUUGACAGUGUUAUACACUUAGGCUGUAAACCAUACCUGGAUAGCCAGCGAGCCGCCUGCAGGUGUCGCUACGAAGAAAAAACGGAUCUUUAAAGAAGAUGCAGACAGGUGGUGACAGCAGAUGAGGAUGGAAGAACAUAACCUUUGGCAAAGAGCUAAUGUUUUUACAACAUGAAGCUGCCUGAUUUCUGUGAAAGGAUUAUUCUAAGACCUUAUUUUGACAUUAAAACUUCAAAGUACAGAACAAGUGGGGAAGUUUAUGUUUCUGGACGUUACUGCCUUAGUGUGCCAGAUUGUCUUGACCAAUGUCAGAGAGAGGUGCAUUUUGUUAAGGGGAAAUUUUUUUUGAAGAGUCUGUAACUUCGUUUUCACAAACAUUAUUUAUAAAAGAAAUGAAGUCAAAUGUAAAAUUCAUUAUAAGGUAUGUUCAAUAUAUCUUAUUUGGAAAUAUGGGAAGAUCUUCACUCAGAAGUAUAUUUGUUUACUAUAAAAUUUUAAAUACACAUUUAUGCCUGGAAGAAUCUGACUUUAUUUUUUCUCUAUUUUAAUGAACACAUAAUAAGCUGUUUUUCUGUAGCCCACUGAGCAUAUGAAUAAGUCACACUUCUAUUAAUGGCGGAACUAGUUACAAGGACGAGGUUUCCAUGUCUGUUCUGUUGUAAAAUUUGAACCAUCAUCUGGUAACCUCUUAGGGAACAAAACCAGGAUAUCUAGGUAUUAUGCAAUAUUCCUAGAAUGUGACAUAAAUAAAAUUCAGAAGCACAGCCACUCCCAUUUUAUGAACCACUCACAUGACAAAUAUCAUAGUGUGCUAUAACCUUUGCCUAAACUGGAGAAAAGAUGGGAUUAACAAGACAAAUGCAAAGUUGUUUAACAUAAACAUCAGAGCAUUAUAUGCUGUGAUGCUUUGUUGUUUAUUCCUAGUACUUGCUCCUCAUAGUAGAUUCUGGGAUAUUUUUAAAAGACUGUAAACCUUUACUAAUAGGAGUCUUAAUAAAAACUGUUAGUGAUACUGUUA